CUAUGUCCGUAGUCAAAGCAUUUGGCUAAAGUCAAUCCCCGAAGCAGUACUCAAGCUUAUUAAUUUUCCUUGGCCCCGCGCAGUCCCGCCAAGCUCGGACUAGUUUGAAACACGGCCACUGGAAAUAUGUACACCAAUGAUAUGCUUUUGAUCUGUGCCAACGAACGGUCACACGCAAGUUCCUGGGCAUCCCAGUGGAACAGCGGGAUACAACCUCACGAGUGAUGAGCUGAGCUCGAGGCAAGCGCGGACACGGCCCACCAGUGCCGAUCCUAUAAAACCCGGCAUGUUCGUUGGCACACCAGGACAUACCAACAUAUCCCUGUCCGUCCAGCCAUGGUUUCCUUGAUCCCCUCUACAGACUCGGCAGCCCACGUAUACGCUCAUAACAAAGUUGCGGAAGUACACCACCCCCUUGACCCUCUGACGCCAGAUGAGCUUAAUGCAGUCACCUUGACUGUGAGGAAAUACACAGUCGAACACACGGGUAUCAAAGCAUUAAGAUUCGUAACCUGCUUCCUUUUACCUCCUCCAAAGAGGGCUGUCCUUGCCGCCCUGGGUAUUCCAGUCACGCCUGGUGGCAAGCCAGAAGUUCCCACCAACAUUGUUAGGAAGGCAGAGUCAGACUUCUUUGAUGCUGUAACUGGAACUGCUUAUAAUGCUGUUUUGGCACUCGUCGAAGAGGAAUGGAAAGUAGAAUCCCUGGAACGUCUUUCGGAGGGUACACAACCGAACAUCACUAUGGACGAACUCAUUAACUGUGAGAUUAUCGUGCAGAAUGAUCCCAGGAUACAAGCCCUAGCAAAGGAAGUCGGUAUUGAACCUCACCAAAUAUAUGCUGACGGGUGGGUUAUUGGUUGGGAUGAUCGAUUCCCGAAAGACCGGCGACUUGCGCAGGCGUUUUUGUUUGCCCGGUUUUCGAAGCAUGAAAACCUUUACGCCCACCCUCUGGACUUCAUUCCAGUCAUCGAUGCGAUCGCAAGAAAGAUUGUCCGUAUUGAUUUCCCGCCCGCGUGGAGGAAGGAAGCCGAUGGAAGUGUCAAGCUGUCAGCUCCUACAACACAGCCACUGCCUCUUUCAGAUGAUGCCUUCCAGGGAGCAAAUCGUCCACGUGUCCAGCCCCCCCUGGCGCGUUAUGAGUUCCUUCCUGAUCUCAUGAAGGAGGCAGAUCCAAAUUACAAGGAACGCGAUGAUGUGAAACCUUUCCAUGUCAUUCAACCCGAAGGAGUUUCUUUCAAAAUGCACGGUAAUGUGCUAGAGUGGCAGAAAUGGAAGAUGCACAUAGCUUACAGCUUCCGCGAGGGUAUUGUGUUGUCGACGAUCACAUACGACGAUGAUGGAGAAAUACGACCAAUCUUUUACCGUCUUUCGGUGGCUGAGAUGCUUGUCCCCUAUGGUUCUCCCGAAUCCCCGCAUUCAAGGAAAUUCGCCUUCGACUCAGGUGAAUAUGGUAUGGGCAUGGUGGCUAAUGAGCUUUCCCUCGGUUGUGAUUGCUUGGGAAAGAUUCACUACUUGGGCGGCGCCUUUGUUGACAAUUCGGGCGCAGCAGUCAUUGUCAAAAACGUCAUUUGUAUUCAUGAAGAAGAUGCAGGUGUCCUUUGGAAGCACACUGACUACCGUCCAGGUGGUCGCUCCCGGACUGUGAGAAGCCGACGUCUCGUCGUCAGUAUGGUUUGCACACUCGCCAACUAUGAAUACAUCUGGAAUUACUAUUUCUACCAGGAUGGUAAUGUCGAGCUUGAGAUUCGUCUCACAGGUAUUUUGCAAGUUUGCGUCACCGACUUCGAUGAGCCUACUCCUCAUGGAACAACUGUCGCCCCUCGUAUCAACGCUCAGUUCCACCAGCAUAUUUUCUCCCUUCGUGUCGACCCAAUGCUUGAUGGCCUACAGAACUCAGUUAUCGAGUCAGAAAUCAUGGCUGUUGAUGCACCGACGGGUUCGAAGGAGAACUUUGCUGGUAAUGCCUUCGUUGUCAAGGAUCGCAUCCUCAAGUCUCAAGUUGAAGAUGGCGCGCGGGACUUCGACUGGGCGUCCGAGCGUCGUUGGCGCAUCGCGAACCUGAACAAGACUCACUACUCGUCAGGCAAGCCAUCGUCGUAUGCAAUCAUGAUGAAGGGUGGCGCGGUUCCACUCAUGGCGAAGCAAGACUCUUGGGUUGCACGCAGAGCUUCUUUCGCCAACAAGCAGCUUUGGGUCGUGAGAGAUGACGAAGGUCCGAAAGGCUCGAGAACAUUCCCUAGUGGCAGGUAUGUCCCUCAAACGCGGGAAGAGCCAAAGGAUUCCGUUGGGAAAUGGGUGAACGAGGGGGACGGUAGCAUCGAGAACGAAGAUAUUGUUAUCUUCCUUACGGUUGGAACUACUCAUAUUCCCCGCCCGGAAGACUGGCCUGUCAUGCCCGUAGAGCAUAUCAACGUCCUAUUUAAGCCCUCUAGUUUCUUCACCAAAAACCCUAGUAUGGAUGUCCCUGGUACUAACGACCUUCAGAGUCAACCUGCAUUCGAUACCAAUGGCACCGAUGGACAUCAUUCUAACGGAACGAGCGGGACAGCCUGCUGUGCAAAUUAAACUUUAAGAAUUCAUCUCUUGGUCUACUUUCUCUAUGUUGAAUUUCUUCCCGUAUGAUACCUAGCAACCUACAUGUACCGGGUUAUCAGGUUGUGCAGAGCUUGUCCAGGAUAUUAGUCGUUCAUUUCUGGCUGUUGUUGGAGUACAUGUAAAGUAUAGGGUGAGCAGGUUUCGGGGAUUAUUACGUCAG